GUACAAAGCGGUACGCUAUUACACCCCGGCUUCUGUUGCGCGCACGUAUGAAUGGCAUGUGAAUCACCUCCAACGGCUUAAAGAAGCGAGAGAAGAAAAAAAAAUAAAGAUUUCAAUAGCCAGACCGCGAGGGAUUUCUUGAUCGCCCAUUCACACGGCCUUCCGCGUCGAUGCAGAAAGCCGUCAAACAGAUGAGCCGGCCUCCCACGUACAACACUGACGCUUCCGCCCUGCCUAUCUCGCUCUGCUUCUCCUGCGCUCUUAUUUCUCCAUCGCGCCACUUUGCUCGAUUUCCAUUGCUCGCGUUCCACACCACCAUCACGCAGCCAUGGGGUUGACGAAAUCUCAACGGAUCGUUCUUCUGCUGACGAUCGACACCGUGUUCUUCUUGAUCGAACUCACCGUGGGUUAUGCGGUGCACUCGCUGGCGUUAGUGGCAGACGCGUUCCACAUGUUGAACGACGUCCUGUCGCUCUGUGUUGGCUUAUGGGCUGUAAAGGUCGCCAACGAGAAGACAACCUCGAAAUCAUACACCUACGGAUGGCAACGCGCUGAGACCCUCGGAGCCUUAGUUAACGGGGUGUUCCUCGUUGCACUAUGCUUGUCCAUUUUCCUCGAAGCCAUACAGCGUCUUGUCGAACCGCAGGAGGUCAAAAACCCGAAACUUGUCCUGAUCGUCGGUAGCUGGGGACUCUUUUCCAAUAUAGUUGGGUUGCUAUUGUUCCACGACCAUUCUCAUGGCCAUACGCACGCUGAAGAAGCGAUCCACUCUGCCGAGCAAGGGUAUCUCACUCAGCGGGAUGCAGACACAGCUGUGGUGGCGGACCCAAGGGGCAGCAUCGCAAGAGCCAUGCCGGAGAAUGCUCUUGAUGCAUGCACGACCGAUGGAUCAGCUAGCACUAUCAGACCGCUCGGUGGUCGGGAUACGUCAAGCAGUCCGGUCACCGUGAGAAGGGCCCGGACUCCGGAUGGCCGUUCGCGUCGGCGCAGCGUUCAUCGGUUGAGUGUUUCCGGCCUCAGCGCGCGAGAUGCGGACAGCAUAUUCAUCCAUCCUGCAAGCUUGCGUCAGGACAUCAUCGAAGCAGGCCGCUUGGAUGAUUUUGAAACCUCCGAAUCGGAUUCCGAUCUGGAGGAUUCGGCUCGCGAAGGCAACGUUUCAGAACGCUCCAGGUUAUUGCCGCAAAGCAACGGCACGACGACUCCCUACGACAGUUCGUCAGGAGUUCGCGGCCAGAAUCUAAAAGAUGACCUGCAUGUCAAGCACAACCAUGCCCUGCCGAAAUCCACGGACAAGAAGCGUGGCCCCGGGCACUCACACGAUCUGAACAUGCGCGGUGUCUUUCUGCACGUGGUGGGUGAUGCGCUCGGCAACAUCGGGGUUAUCGCCUCGGCGUUGAUUAUCUGGCUCACCGACUACUCCUGGAGGUUCUAUGUCGAUCCUGGAAUCUCCCUUUUCAUCACCAUGAUCAUCUUGUGGUCCGCUAUCCCACUAUGUAAAGCCGCUUCGCGGAUCCUACUUCAAGCCGUCCCCGCCGACUUGAGCAUCGAUCACAUCAUCGAGGAUAUUGAGUCGCUACCUGGCGUUCUCAGCUGCCACCAUCUACACGUUUGGCAGCUUAGUGAUACCAAAUUGGUCUCAUCCCUGCAUAUCCAAGUCAGCCACGAUAUCAAAGGCUCGGACCGCUACAUGGCUCUAGCAAGGGACGUGCGCAGAUGUCUCCACGCAUACGGUAUCCACUCGUCCACCAUCCAACCCGAAUUCUACCCAGGGAGCGAUGAUGAAGGUGGAAUGGGAUCAUCAUCCUCCCCUGCCAGCGGUCGAAACUCGCCUCCAGGGACAGGGACAAACACCAGUGGUGCGCCCUGCCUCCUUGAAUGUGGGAACGAAUGCGCCGCUGGCCGUCAGUGUUGUCCUUAAUCUAAAGCGGUAAAAACAAGAAAAAAAAAAAAAAAAAAAAAAAAAAAAG